AUGCUUCUUCAUUUACCGCUGCUGUCCAGUCUUUUUCUGUGUACUUUGUCUUGCUACGGCGCGAUUUAUGAGAGCAUAGCCGAUCUCCCUGGUACUAAGUUUGAUUUCGUGAUUAUCGGUGGUACGGGCGCCGUUGUAGCUAAUCGUUUGACCGAGGAAGAUUUUUCAGUUCUUGUUCUUAAAGCCGGUCCAUCCGACCGCGACCUGCUUUGGAAUUACUCGGACUACCGUGCAACCCUGACUCAACAACAGAACUACCACAUUUCCGAGAGGUCAUGUGCUUGGGGAAGCACGUCCAUCAAUGCCGUGAUUUAUAUCCGCUGCCCUCCGGAGGAUUACAACUGUUAUGUGAAUUUCACCGGGGGUCCAGGCUGGUCUUGGGAGAAUCUCAAGACUUAUUUCUUCAAGAAUGAAAAAUGGGUACCGCCUGCAGAUGGUCACAACACUAUUGGACAAUAUGACCCAGCUAUACAUAGUUUAGAUGGCAUGAACGCAGUCAGCCUUCAAGGUUACCCUCAACCGACUGAUGAACGGGUCCUACGAGUGACAUCCGAGCUCUCCGAUGAGUGUGUUAAUAUUCUUCAGUACAAUUCUGCUCCUCACAUCACCCCACAAGGAUAUAUGCAAGCCACGAUCAAUGACGGCAAAAGAAAUAGCGCUGUUGUGUCCUACUUGGGUCCAAAUUUCAUCACCAGGGCAAGUCUUCAUGUAUUACUUGGUGCUCAAGUGACCAGAGUCAUCCAGAGUGACAAGUCAGAGCCCAGCUUCGACAUUGUAGAAUUUUCGGCCUCGUCAGAGGGAUCGACGUGGCUCUUUAAUGUUAUAGCAACAAAAGAAAUCAUCCUUUCUGCUAGGGCCAUAGGGACACUGCAUAUAUUGCUCAAUUCUGGUAUUGGCGAUGCAGUGGAGCUUUCGGAGGUAGGCGUACAGAACAAAUGGUAUGUCAACGACACGGACACCUGGGACGACAUCUUCCGUAACCUGACACACCAACAUGACCUUGUCCUGCAAUGGAACGAAACCAAGAUGGGACCACUGGUGGACACGCCGUUUAGUCACAUAGCCUGGUCUCGUCUUCCCGAUGAUUCGCCAAUCGUUGAAAGGGUCAACGAUCCGGCAGCUGGACGGAACACUCCCCAUCUCGAGCUUGAUGUCCAGAAUGCAUGGAGUAUACCGGUUUCCACUAUUCCAGGUACUGGAAACUUUAUGAGCAUAGCGACUUGUGUUGUAUCAGCAGCCUCUCGUGGAACGGUCAAAUUAAACUCUUCUGAUCCUUUGGAUCUUCCACUCAUCGACCCUGCCAAUCUCGCAAGUGAAUUUGAUGUUUCUGCUAUGAUGGAAGCAGUAAAGAGCACCAGACGAUUCCUAUCCGCGCCUGCGUGGGAGAGUUAUGUCCUGGAUGCCUAUGGUGGUUUGGUUAAUGCGACAACGGACGAAAUUCUGGAGGAAUAUAUGCGCGAAAACGUCGGGACGGCUGCUCAUCCCGUUGGGACGGCCAGUAUGUCUCCGAAGUUUACGGAUUAUGGUGUUGUGGAUCCAGAUUUUCUCGUGAAGGGUGUAUCUGGGUUGCACGUGGUUGAUGCGUCUAUCUUUCUAGGUUGUCCGAAUUUGUCCUGA